ACACGACAUGAAGCGUGUUCAUUUAUACUACAAUGAUAUGUCGAACGAUUUGCGUAUGCAUCAUUUACAUACGUAUUUCCACUGCGAUUGGUAACGAAGACAGUAAACUGAACUUUACUGGAUUGGGUUUGAAAUAUGGACAUAUUGUUGAAGAACACAAUGUGGAUACUGAAGAUGGAUAUAUUUUAAAACUGUUCCACAUCCCUGGUGAUCCCAGAAGACCUGUACUCCUCGUCCACGGGAUAAUUGAUAGUUCUGACACUUUCAUCAUCAGAGGCAACGGUUCUCUUGCUAUAUCUCUUGCUAAUAAAGGAUAUGAUAUCUGGGCUCUAAACACGAGAGGUAACAGAUACUCAAAAGCGCAUAAAUAUUUAAAUCCAGACGAUGGAACUUUCUGGAACUUCAGUUUCCAUGAAAUGGGCUACUACGAUCUUCCUGCAACGAUUGAUUAUAUUUUAAAUAGAACGAAUCAGAAACAAUUGAGUGCGAUUGGGCAUUCUCAAGGCAACACACACUUCUAUGUCCUGGGAUCAACAAGACCUGAGUACAAUGAUAAAGUAAAAGUUAUAAUAGCGUUAGCUCCGAUAUGUUUUCUACAUAAUGUGAAGCCACCAACAUCAACUUUGUUAGCAUUAUUACCGAGUGUCGGUAAUUUAUUACAAACUCUUGGUAUGGAAGAAGUGUUUAGUGAUGAUUCAGUGUUAAAUGACGGAAUUAAAGCAAUCUGUAAUGAGAAAGAACUCGGUUACGAAUUGUGUGCGAGUGGUGUGUUCUUCGCUAUAGGUGGCAGUGAUCCUUCUGAACUUGAACCUGACUUUCUGCCAGUCGUCGUGUCUCAUUAUCCUACAAGUACGUCAAGAAAGAAUGGAGUUCAUGUCGCGCAAGUUGCUUUGCGUAAAAGUUUUUCACAAUACGACUACGGUCCGAUAAGAAAUAAUGUUGUUUAUAAUACAAUUGUACCGCCAUCGUAUGAUUUGGGGAAAGUGAAAAUGAGAGUAGCCUUGUUUGUUGGCAGAAAUGAUAGGAUAUCUUCUAUACGUGACACGGAGCUGUUGCGAGAUCGUUUGCCGAAUGUGGAGUACCGCUUGCUGGAGAACAAGAAACACAAUCAUUUGGAUCACGUUUGGGGACGUAAUAUGUACCAAUAUCUCUUUCCACAUAUAUUCUCAGUAUUAAAAAAAUACGACUAAUAAUAUUAUUCCUUCUUUUUGU